AUGGCCGAUGUCGAAGACAACACCGCCAACCCGGUGAUCGAGCCGUUGGAUCUUGUGCGCCUUUCACUCAACGAGAUCGUCUUUGUCAAGCUGCGCGGCGACCGCGAAUUGCAAGGCAGACUCCACGCAUACGACAGCCAUUGCAACCUGGUUCUUGGAGAGGUCGAAGAGACCAUCUACGUUAUUGACGACGAUGACGAGACCGAGAGCGUGAGGACACUCAAGAAGCAGUCUGAGAUGCUGUUCGUAAGAGGAGACUCGGUAGUCUUGAUCUCACCUCAAGCACAAUAG